AUGGAUCCUGGUUAUGCUACUCAAGCUCAAGGCAAUCUUCGUCGUGGCAAAACCCUCAACAGACCUGAACGUUUCCAAGCUGCAGCACCUUUAUUAACUGGCAAAAAAGAAUCCACCACAUGGGAUCCCUGGGUACUAUUUUCUCGAAUAGUUACCUUCUGGGCUCCUGGCACACUACUGUCUUCUAUCGGCGGUUUAGGCGAUAAACAAUCACAGCAAGCAUGGCGUGAAAAAAUAGCAUUAUGUUUUAUUGCCGUCGUGUUGGGUGGCGUAGUGGCCUUUUUGACUGUAGGCUUUACUGUAGUCCUAUGUCCGCCCUCUGAAGCCAAGAAUCCAGACCAAUUCUUAAGAUUUGCUGAUCCUUCAAAUGCAGGCUUAGUCGGCAUUCUCGGAUGGCAGUAUAACGUCUCUGCAUCAAAAAUCGACAAAGUAAACUUUUUCAAUUUGGCAAAUGCCCAGACCGGGCAAGAUGUCACUAAUAAUUUUCGUCGUACUGUGGCUAGUAUAACAGCAUGUGCAAAUCCAGAUAUCCAAAGAUUCGCAGCUGUCAAGCAGGAAUUCUGUGUAAAAACAACGGCUACGCCUAACCCAUGUCAAGCCGGCGAUUUCUCGACGAAUGUAUUAGACGCUCUUAACCUUGUAAACACCACGAAAAGAGUCGGUUACGACUGGAAACAACUAGCUGAUUUGCCAAACUACCUUGUAAUUGAUGGUAAUGUGCUUAACCUAGAUCAAUACAUGACUGCCGUUGCUAAACCUAUCCCAGGCGACGACCUAGACACUGCCAUUCGAACUGUAUUGACAACCGAUCAUCCUGAAGGUGGAAAGGAUGCCACUCGUCUCUUCUUUGGUCGUGAAACUCUCAAAGCUACGGUCAAUUGCUUGGUUUCUAAAUACUAUGCCGGCCAUAUCGACAAGGCAACAAUUGGAUGCUUUACAUCUCAGCUUUUCUUAUACGUAUCAUUGACCGUUAUUCUUAGUAUUGUCAUGACCCGUUUCAUCAUGGCUGUGAUAUUCGAUUGGUUUAUUUCACAUCGUCUUGCCAAGGAGCCAAAGAAAUCAGCUAAGCAAGUAGUAUCUCCUCAAGUGUUACCCGGAGGCGCACGAAGCGGAGGCGCUGCCCCAUGGAUUCAUCGCAAUGAAUCUGGUACUGUCGCCAAGACGAUCACUAUGGACACUGUAGGCAAGGAUUUGUAUACCGUGUUGCUCGUUACUUGCUAUUCUGAAGGCGAAGAAGGUUUACGCGUCACUUGCGAGUCUAUGGCUGCUACCGACUAUCCCGACGAACGCAAACUGCUUUUCCUUAUAUGUGACGGCGUUAUCACCGGCAGUGGUAAUAGUCAGAGCACUCCUGAUAUUUGUGUUAAUCUCAUGAAACUUCUUCCGGAGUUUGACAACCCACAGCCACAGAGUUACAUUGCUGUUGCUGCUGGUAACAAACAACAUAACAGAGCCAAAGUAUAUGCCGGACACUUUCCCUACAAGAAUCGUAUGAUUCCCAUGGUUACAGUUGUAAAGUGUGGUAAUCCAGAAGAAGAAGGAAAACCGAAACCAGGAAAUCGUGGCAAGCGUGACUCUCAAUUGAUCUUGAUGAACUUUUUCAGCCGUGUUACGUACAAUGAUCGGAUGUCAGAAUUGGAUUAUGAUCUUUUCAGAAAAUGUCAUCGUCUUAUGAACGUUACUCCAGAUUUCUUUGAGAUUGUAUUAAUGGUUGACGCAGACACUAAAGUAUACGAAAGCUCCCUCAGAUUACUCAUUAACUGUAUGUGUAAUGAUCCUUUGAUCAUGGGUCUCUGUGGUGAAACAAAGAUUGCCAACAAACGCGAUUCAUGGGUUACCGCUAUUCAAGUCUUCGAAUACUACAUAUCUCAUCAUCUUGGAAAAGGUUUCGAAUCAGUAUUCGGUGGUGUUACCUGUCUUCCCGGUUGUUUCUGUAUGUAUAGACUCAAAGCUCGAAAGGGUGAUGAUGACUGGGUUCCCAUUAUUACAAAACCUGAAAUUGUCCAAGAAUAUUCUCAAAACGUUGUCGAGACUCUCCAUCAGAAAAACUUGUUGCUUCUCGGUGAAGAUCGUUUCCUGACUACACUGAUGUUGAGAAACUUCCCAUACCGUAAGAUGAUGUUCUGUCCACAAGCUGUCUGUAAAACUGUUGUGCCAGAUGAAUUCAACGUCUUGCUCUCACAACGUCGUCGAUGGAUCAACUCUACUAUUCACAAUCUCAUGGAAUUGGUGCUUGUCCGCAAUCUUUGCGGUACUUUCUGCUUCUCUAUGCAGUUUGUUGUAUUUAUGGAGCUGAUCGGUACUGUCGUACUUCCAGUCGCCAUUAUGUUGACGUACUCGUUGAUUGUCACUAUGAUCAUACAUCCACCAAAGGACUUUUCCGAUGCAAUUCCUCUACUGAUGUUGGCAAUGGUACUUGGUCUUCCAGCUAUUCUCAUUCUUCUUACAACAAGAAAACUCGUAUAUAUUUCAUGGAUGACAGUAUAUCUAUUGGCUUUACCUGUAUGGAACUUUAUUCUACCAACAUAUGCUUAUUGGCAUUUUGACGACUUUUCAUGGGGUGAAACCAGGAAAGUCGAAGGUGAAGCCAAAGGUGAUGAUCAUAGUAAAAAAGAAGGACAAUUCGAUGCAAGCAAAGUCCCGCUCAAGAGAUGGGAAGACUGGGAAAAAUCAAGACUUCGUCGUAUUAAGCGCCAAGAGCGUCAACAAAGGCAACAGGCUGCUCCAACACACUAUACACAUGAGGUUAUGACAGGAGAUGACGACCGAACACAGUUAGUAGGCGGCGGUUAUGAAGACUUUGAUUCAUCAUCUAUUCGAUCUCAAGAUCCUAGCCCUCAGCCGGCAUAUUAUGACUAUGCUGCAGGCACAGCAUAUCAACAGCAGCAGCAACAAUAUGGCUAUCAACAAGAGGGGCAAUUUGAAGACGUCGGGUUUGGGGGACCAAGCCGACAAGGAGGAAAUAAUCAGGGCGGUGGUUACUAUCAAGGAGGAUAUUAA